AUGUAUCCAAGUUUUAUUUUCUUCUAUCUUAUUUCGUACGUAAGUUCCUCAUUAUGCAAGAAUUUGGAAGGAAAAGUGGUAGGGGGGGAAUACGCGGCGAUUAAGAAUUUCCCCCACGUUGCAUUCCUGGAGAUAGAUGUGGAAGGUGCUAAGUUCAUAUGUGGAUCGUCUAUUUUGAACCAAGUGCUGCUGGUCACAGCCGCUCACUGUUUUGAAGCGAUUACUAAAGAUAGCUACAUAGGCGUGUACGCCGGUCAUCAUGAUGUUUUUAAGGUGACCUUAGUGAGAUCAGCGAAGGCAGUGUACAGACAUAAAUCAUACGAUAGUGAUACCAUAGUAAAUGACAUUGCCCUGGUAAAAUUGAAGGAAGCAUUACCUUUGGGAAACCUUAUAAAACGCGUUAUCUUGCGACCAAGCACGCCUAAGGAUGGCGAAGAAAUAUUGGCUGGUUGGGGAGCUAUUAACGCCCAAAUGAGUGAAUUUGAUUACAAAUUGAAAAGUGUUUCGCAAAAAUUGAGAAGUAAGGAUUCUUGCUCCCGUAUUGGAUCCCUUCAUCCGGGGAUGAUUUGCGCGGGAAGUUUUGACCCUAAAAUGGCGAGGCCUUCAAAAGGAGACUCAGGCAGUGGAUUGGUUAGCAAAGACUACCAGAUAGUGGGUUUGGUGUCACAUUUGGUUAAUGCUUACCCUGCAAUUAUAGUCUAUACAAAUGUGUCCUACUACUAUACAUGGGUUCACGAUAAAGCAGAGAAGAUAUUAUGCCCAAUAGAUUGA